AUGAUUGUUUCAGGCAGUUGUCAGAAGAAGAAGGCCAGUACUCUAUUUAGUCCUAGGCAAUCUCCGGUCGAAAAUCCCAUACUCACCAUCAAAACCGCCACUCAUUCAGGGGGAUGUUGUCGAAGGGUCAACGACUGCAUGAGUAAGGGAUAUAUUGUCUCAACGAAGGAGACCCAGCAGCAGCAGCAGCAACAGUCCAGAUCCAAACUGGGGCAGCAGGUGGCAGACCUUGAAAGGGAAGUCCUUAAGCAAAAGGAGCUCCGUAUCAUGUACAGGAAGAGGAUGGAAAGAACGCAGGAUUAUCUAAAAUAUUGUCUUCAAAUAGCACAACAGAACGGCAUCUUGGACCUCAUAAUUAAAAACAAAGAUGAUCAACAAGGGCCAGAAGAUCCUCUUUCCUCCUCUACUGUCAGCACCAAUCUUACCAAUCUUCAUCAAUCGCCUACUCAUCAAGUGGCCCAACUUCCAAGUCUUGCUUUCACAAUCGAUCAAGCCAAGAUGAAUGGAUGGUACAUUGAAUCUCACGAGAUCCAAUUUCAAGAGAAAAUUGGCCAAGGAAGUACAGCAGAUAUUUAUAGAGCAAUUUGGCGAGGAUUUGAUGUUGCAGUGAAGUGCAUAUAUCCUGAUUUUUUCCGUUCAAAUGAAAACGGUGUCAACUUUUUUGCUCAAGAACUUGACACUUUAUCUAGGCAGCGCCAUCGCAGUAGGCGAAAAGGGCGAUCCGUUCCAUUUCCUCCAUUUGAAAGCAGGGUUGCUAUGGCAUUGGAGAUUGCUCAAGCGAUGCAAUAUCUCCAUGAACAGAAGCCAAAGGUCAUUCAUCGUGACCUAAAGCCUAGCAACAUAUUUUUAGACGACUCCAAUCACGUCAGGGUGGCAGAUUUUGGUCAUGCUAGGUUCUUGGAUGACGCAGAAAUGGCACUCAGCGGAGAAACAGGAACAUAUGUUUAUAUGGCGCCAGAGGUGAUUCGCUGCGAACCUUAUAACGAAAAGUGCGACGUAUAUAGUUUUGCUGUUAUACUUAAUGAGCUUAUAACAGGGAAUUAUCCAUACAUUGAAACAGAUUUCGGUCCCAGCAAGAUUGCAAUGGGAGUUGCAGAAGGAAACCUGAGGCCUAUGCUUCCUGACGAGGACGAUGGUGAACUUGGCGAGCUCAUCAAUCUCAUUUCUCAAUCAUGGGAUCAAGAUAGUUCUGUUAGACCAACCUUUGCCACAAUCACUUCUAGUCUCAGAAAAAUUCAACAGAGAAUCAUAGAGGGUGCUUAA